GAGCAGCAAGCGACACAUUCCUAACCGUCGACUUCACGUGAAGAAUUUGACAGCCUGCGAUAUUGAACCAAUACGCUGCUAUAUCUUCUUGAUAUACAUCACAGCAUUUUCGCAACCCUCGAAGUUGAUUGAUCUAUUAUGCGAACUUCGACUACUGCAAAGAUGAAGUACUACGCUGGCGUAGCAUUCUUUUCGUUGCUCAUUGGGACUGUGGGAGGAAACAAGGGCGCAACGAGCAAACCACCAACUUGGGUAACAUACAGCCCACCACCAGCAUCAAGCAUCGCCACAGCGACCUCAUCGUCUAUGGCUCCAACGCAAGAGUCGACUCCAACUUCCCCAACUGUACUUACCAGAUCUUCGUCAGCCUGGUCAAACAAUACCUCCAUUGCCUCCUCGACCGUCAUCUCCAUGUCCGAUGUAGUCAGCACAUCGACAUCUUUUCCCGGUAUCACCUUGGCGACCUCACCCUCUCCCACCCCGAGUCCUACUUCAGGUCCUCAACCGUAUACCUUCUUAGUCGAGAUAAGCAACCAACGCCAACACGUCGGCCAAUGGUACGGUCGCUACAUAUCCGAAGGUCUGACCGAUACGCUGAAGAAUCGCUGCGACGACGACGAAACUGGCGCUAAUACCUGCAAAACCAAGAAGGACAAAUUCGACAAUAUUGAGUACUCAGACAAAUCCGGUUUCGUGGACAAGCGUACAAACUUCGUUGAAGUCAAAGUUGAGAGUGACUAUAUCCCGGGUAAAAACGAAGGAGGGGUUAAUUACAACGGAAAGUCACUGCAAAACACUUUCAUCGCCCAAAUCGCAGAUACCUUUCAAAAGAGUGGCGAUGAUGAUAAGAACUGUUACAAGUUCGACCAGAAGUCUACGAUUUGCCCUGGCUGCAACCCCAAAUUCUGCCUUUCCUUCAAUGCGAGGAGGCAGAUACUGAGGUGGUGCAACGCGCCCGAGUAUGUUCGAGUGAGCGUCAAGGACGGAGGAGGGGAAGAAGUCGCACAUAUGAAGGUCGUUCUCAAGUUCACGGGUGCAACAGACCAGGGGAAAUUCGAUUGCAUGGCGAUUCGAGAGACUAUCGAGAGAAGUGCUCGGGAUAACCGGUUGAAGGACGUGAAGGACGCGAUUGAUGGGAAGGAUGUCGAGGCGAAGGUGAGUUGCUCGGGAGAGGAGGUUACGGGGACUUGUCCCAAUGAAGAGUGCUUGUACCAGUUGGGGCCGUGUUUUAAGUAGUUUACAUAUAUCGAGAAGCUGGAUAUCGACUAGUAAUGCUUCAACAAAUUGCGUGGCACCGUGAGUCGUGAGGUGUGUGGUGUCGGUGGGAGCAUUUGGUGACGAGGCGUCACUGGCGUUGCAUGACCAUGACGCAGCAACUCCGCCGGACUCCCGAGAUAUAAUUUCCGA